ACUCACAAAGCUAAGGCACACACAAGCUAAGCCAUAUUCAUCAAUUCCUUAGAAGCCACAAAAGAUAAUAUAAUUAUUUUUCUCCAAGUAUGGCUUCAAAAGGAAUUGCUAUAAUUUGCAUGGCUUUAGUUCCAAUUAUCAUGACCAUGAUUUCAGUACAAGUAGCCAUGGCUCAAUCUGAUUGUACAAGCACACUUACUACUAUGGCUUCAUGCCUUAGCUUUGUCACCGGAAGUGCGAAAACGCCGUCGGCUUCUUGCUGCUCCGCCCUCUCCGGGGUGUUGCAGUCUAAGCCACGGUGCCUUUGUGUCAUUGUCAACGGUGGCGGUUCGUCAUUAGGAGUCCAAAUCAAUCAAACUCAAGCACUUGCAUUGCCUAGUGCAUGCAAUUUACAAACUCCACCCGUUAGUAAAUGUUACGCUGGUAAUGGACCGGUAAUGUCUCCAGAGGGCGAUCCUUCAGAAGGAGCUCCAGAUUCUUCGACUGGUAUAGCUAUCUCAGGCUCAAAGGCGUCAGGAAGCAGCAGCACCUCUGAUGGAAGUUCUCUGAAGGUUCCAAUUCGAGCUGCUGUUGGAAUCGUUCUUUUCAUGGCUUCCUACGUUUCCAUGAUUUGAAGUUUAUGAAUUUUCACGUCGAAGUAUCAUAGUACUAAAUAAAAGUAGCAUUAUGAUAUGUUACAUGUUAUAUUGGGGCGUGGUUUAUUAGUGUUUGUCUUUAAGUUUGUUGUGUGUCUGUUCCUUUUUAAUUAUUUGUUUCUCUAUAUAUUGUACCAGUAUUUGUGAUGCAGUUUUAACUUUAUUUCUAAGCGUUUUUUCAAAUUAAAUACAGAGAA